AUGCGCGUGAUUAACAAUGUCGGCGAGAUACCGCAUGCUGCUCAUAUCGCUCUAUUGAUGCAUUGCAGGUAGAGGUCGCAGCCACCCACUGUAAUAUACUUCUACCUCACAGCUAUGCCCAUUGAGAAAAGCUUGUUUUCUACGACAGAAAGAGGAUUGCCACUUCUGGUGUACUGAAUAAUGUCAAGUACUUUUUCCCAGACGCCUAGUUUUAGAGGUUCAGCAAUUUAAAUCCAACCUUUGGACUCGAAAUGAUGCUCCUCGGCAUAACUAAGGACCUUAUUGAAUUAAUCAAAAUGAGUGUACGUAUCAAUCAAAAAGUGUACGUAUAUCUGCAACUAUAUAGUUUGAUACUUGACAGUUCGACCUUCGUAAUCAACGUCAUCCGCAGCAGCUCCAUGUGAUGUGCCCAUCAGCGGUGACUUGCAUGUGAAUUUUUUUAGUGAAACAGUCUUACGCCCUCUUUCCCAGUUGCCGUGCUAGACGGCAAAACACAGUCAAGACCUCCGAAAAGAUGGAACUAUUCCCUUACGGAAAGGCCAGUGUGCCACUGAUCUUCCUACUACCGUGCCAAUCAUUCUUGACAUUCUUUGAGUAGGCUUAUCAGUCAUCUCUUGAGCAUUCCACUCCCAUGCUACGUAAAGAGUGUUUGCGUGACUUCACGCAGUAGAAAAUGGAGUUGUCAUAUCUUGUGGUUUGCACAAUCUGCGGCUUGUAUAAUAUGUCAAAAAUCAGAAACUGAAUGGACUUUCGGAACGAUUGGACGUGAACAUCAGAUGGAAGAAGUUUGAAUAACGUUUUUGUGGGGUGCAUUUCGGAGUAUAGACCUGAUUUCUCCAAUAUACAGCAUUAUUUUACUGUCCAAAAGUAACUCCUCCCUGGCGUUCUACCGCAGUUUUUAACGUUAACAUGGUAUCAAUAAUAACUGAAUUUUGACGCCGUUCGCAUGAAUCAUCUUAUUGUGUGGUUCACUGGGUUAUUAGAAAUGACAUUUCCAAUGCAUUCUGCUGUUGCGUAAUAUUACACUAGCACUUUUUCUGGGAACAAGUCUGUGCCGAGGUUCCGCAUUCGGUUGUGGGGGCUUUUUUCGUUUUCCUGAUUGAAAUUUCAAAGAACCGCUUGCUAUCUUUUGGACGGUGCUCUCAUUGGGUGUUUACCUCGUACCUUGGAUAUGCUCGACCAGUGUACAGUAGCCUGUUUUCAAGCGUAGUUUGCCCGUCCCAUGCAAGUUUGCCUCUUAGACGAAGCUGUUGUAUAUUGCCAACUCUGGCACUUGUGUCGUCUUUUUUUCGAACAAUCUUUGGAUGCCUUCCACCACAGGUAGAUUCAGAAUCACUAACUUUUUCCGACCUAGCAAUCCGUCUCAUCUCCACCGUCCCACCAUACCUUACUACUCUGUGAAUAUGGCGCUCAUGUUGUUUGCUAGCUGUGUCUUUAGGCCUUACGAAUUUGAUUUUUGUCGAUCUACUGUCUUUUAUCUGCAUGAUCUCAUUCAUUUCGGUUGUUGAAAAAUGCUGUCUGCAGACUUUGUGGACAGGCAUGAACGAAGUUCACUUUUAGGCAGGAUAGCAUUGCCGACAAAGACGAGGAGGACUAGCAUAGUCAUUUCUGGCUAAUUAACCGUCACCGGUCAGUCAAACCCGACCUUUGGUUUUUGCAGCCCCUGGGGCUCGAUCCCUCGACCUGUUGGUUAGAAGUCUAGCGCCCUAACCGCUGAGCAAUGGGCUCGUUUUCCUGUCAGUUGAGAGCGGGUAUAUACAGUGAGUAACUAAUCUUACUAAAUGUUGGUUGAAAUUCUGAAAUGCUUUCUCGAUUAGGAAGGAUUUUAAAUGUGUGAAAAUCCCCAUCACUAUAUUCAGAAGAGAGAGUGGCGAGUGAACGUUCCUUUCGGUAAAUUCUCAUCAGGCCAAUACAAUUACAUAGAGCGGGGUACAGUGAGUGAAACAAAAUCGAUAAAAGUUAGGUUUUAAAUUACAGGCUCGGCAAGAGCGGAAGGGCGCCGAAAGUUGUAUGGGGUUAGUCAACCUUUGACCACGGUAAGCGCGGAGCCUGAACCAGGUUCUUUUGGGCGCAUAGGGUCGGUUUUCGUAACCUUAUGGCGGCCGCUUCUGCUGUUGCUAGCAGGCGCUGGCCCAGUAGCUUAGGGUAGCUCGAGGGGACCUUGUAAAUCACACGAAAUGCUUCGGUGGGGUCCACACGAUGCCCUGAGUCCACUGCAUGCGCAAGGAUGGCGCUGUCUAUUCUCCUAGUUUCACCCUUUGCCAGCCAUGCGGGAAGGUGCUCUCGUAUUCUUUUGGAAAGGCGCCGACUCGUACGACCAAUAUAACCUGCUCCACAGGAGCAAGUGAAUGAGUAGAUGCACAUUGAGGCGGUCUGAGGUGGCAGCCUAUCCUUGCCUUCUCCGCGUAGAAUAGGGUUAGUGGAGAAUGAUAUGCGAACCCUUGCUGCUGGGAAGGUUCCCGAGACAGCUUGGUCAAGGCGUCUUCUUAGGAGUUCACUUGCAGCGUCUCCUUGGAAGGGGACUUUGAGGAACAACGUUUUCUUCUCGGCGGUUAGUGUGGUGGGUUUUGCAGGUCGUUCGGCAAGGUUCUUUGCAAUGAACCUGUGAGGAUACCCAUUUUCGCGAAGCAAGUCCUGGAUUUUUCUAAGUUCUUCCUCGAUACUAUCUGUCGAACAAAUUUUUCUAGCCCUUUGUGCCAAACACCUGACUAGAUUCCGUUUUUGUUGGAGAGGUACGAAACUAGCAAAGUUCGUGUAUUGUCCAGACCAGGUUUUCUUUCGAUAGACACUCCUUCGGAUGCUACCGUCAGAUCUCCUGUUUAGAAGGACAUCUAAGAAAGGAAGCGAACCAGCCGACUCCAUCUCCAACGUGAAUUUGAUCGACGGAUGUGCCUGAUUUGCAGCAUUUAGGAGGGCAGCGACGUCAGUUUCUGUGGUUGCAAUUGCAAAGAUGUCAUCAACGUAGCGACCAUAAUGUUUAAGCUUCUUGAUCUGAUCGCUUAGUUGAAAUCUCUCCAGCUUGCCCAUGAAGACGUCGGCUAAGAGGUUCGACAGAUAGUAUCGAGGAAGAACUUAGAAAAAAUCCAGGACUUGCUUCGCGAAAAUGGGUAUCCUGACAGGUUCAUUGCAAAGAACCUUGCCGAACGACCUGCAAAACCCACCACACUAACCGCCGAGAAGAAAACGUUGUUCCUCAAAGUCCCCUUCCAAGGAGACGCUGCAAGUGAACUCCUAAGAAGACGCCUUGACCAAGCUGUCUCGGGAACCUUCCCAGCAGCAAGGGUUCGCAUAUCAUUCUCCACUAACCCUAUUCUACGCGGAGAAGGCAAGGAUAGGCUGCCACCUCAGACCGCCUCAAUGUGCAUCUACUCAUUCACUUGCUCCUGUGGAGCAGGUUAUAUUGGUCGUACGAGUCGGCGCCUUUCCAAAAGAAUACGAGAGCACCUUCCCGCAUGGCUGGCAAAGGGUGAAACUAGGAGAAUAGACAGCUCCAUCCUUGCGCAUGCAGUGGACUCAGGGCAUCGUGUGGACCCCACCGAAGCAUUUCGUGUGAUUUACAAGGUCCCCUCGAGCUACCCUAAGCUACUGGGCCAGCGCCUGCUAGCAACAGCAGAAGCGGCCGCCAUAAGGUUACGAAAACCGACCCUAUGCGCCCAAAAGAACCUGGUUCAGGCUCCGCGCUUACCGUGGUCAAAGGUUGACUAACCCCAUACAACUUUCGGCGCCCUUCCGCUCUUGCCGAGCCUGUAAUUUAAAACCUAACUUUUAUCGAUUUUGUUUCACUCACUGUACCCCGCUCUAUGUAAUUGUAUUGGCCUGAUGAGAAUUUACCGAAAGGAACGUUCACUCGCCACUCUCUCUUCUGAAUAUAGGAAGGAUUUCUUAGGUGCGGUUGCAAAACCGAUUAUCUAACGACACAAUCCUAUAAUAUUUCGGACUCGGCAGGACGUCAGCUUUUGAAUGCACUGCCUUACAAUUUCCUGUAAAAACCGUACUCGGUAAGAAAUGACCACUUAAGUGGCAUGCACCUUUAACAUUGAUUUUCGAUAGUCGUGCAAAUGUUAUAGAAAUCAUGAACAAGAAUAUGCUUCCUUUCAGCCGUUUAAUAGAGAAUCAUGUCACGAUGAAGAAGGAUAAUUACGUUUUAAAAAGUUUUAUAAUUUCCGAAUAAUUCGGAGCCUGAUCAGUCGUUGCAUUAGCGCUCAGUGAUUUCAGUCUACAAGGUGCAUACGUUUACGUAAAGAAAAUCACAUAUUCUUCCAUGCCUUUAAAAAGAUAAUAUAUAAAGUCCGAGAACUUUUUCAAUGGAUGCGGACUCCGUCGCACAUUUCCCGAGGAGCAGUGGUAAACGGAGAGGUACGAUGCUGUAUGAAUGGACAUUGCACGGUCUUAAAAGUCUCAUAAUUAGAAACUUCUUUUUAAACCUAAUUAUCCUUCUUUCUCGUAUAUAAAGUAUAACGGUGACGUUAUUCUUUAUCAAACGACUGAAAGAAAGCAUAUCAUUGUUCAUGAUUUCUAUGAAGUUUGCGAGACCAUCGAAAAUCAAUGAUAUGCUUUUACAGGAGAUUGUAAGGCAGUGCAUUCAAAGGUUGACGUCCUGCCGAGUACGAAAUAUUAUAGGAUUGUGUUGCUAGAUAAUCAGUUUUGCAACCGCACCUAAGUUAUCCUUCCUAAUCGAGAAUGCGUGUCAAAAUUCCAGUCAACAUUUCGUAAGAUCUGUCACUCACUGUACAGUGGCAUAGGGACGCUCACUGAUCACGACUGACAGGACAGCGUAAAAAUUUCACACCAUUCUCUUCGCUGUUGGGAAGAUUUCAUUUAACGCUCAUACAAUUUUGCAAUGGGUGUGGACCAUGAUGUGUACCAUAUAAGUAGAAUUCAUAAAUGUGCUGAUGUGGUACUGUAGAAUUGAACAUUUCAUGGUCCGAAAAUGUUAUAAUUAGGAACUUUUAAGGACGGAAUAUACCCCUUAGUUUGCCAGAGAGUUUGAAGAAAACGUAAUCCGCUACUGAAUGAGUGUAAAAAAGAAACGCUUGCUCAUAUUUUUUUUAUAAACUGUCUGAAUUUAUCAGGGCACGAAAAUCAAUUGGAAAAUUUCAUACUACAUAAGUAGUUACUUUUCGCAGAGUGAAGUUUUUACAGGCGGCCGAAAAUGAGCUCAUUCAGAGGUCAAAAUCUUGGCUUAAUCGAAAUAUUUUGCGAUUAUGCUGCACAAUAACUAACACUACAGCCCUUCUAAAAGGAUCUUUUCGAAUCGAAAUUAUAUUUCAGAAUUUCACUUAACAUUCCGUGAGAUAGCACGUGUAAAAGUUCAGUUGCAGUGUGUUCUAGUCUGCGCUCAUUGGGGCACCUGAUAUAGUGGCAACUGCCAUUGUCUUAACGUGUCCGCCGUACUGCAGUCAGUCCGCACCAUCGUACAAUCUUUACGGUCAGGGCGUCUGGGGGUGUUCCCAGCGAGGGCGAACAACCUUGUGUGACGGUAGGAUGUUGAUCAAAUGUGUUUUGCAUCUUUUGGCAACCGGCUGCAGGUUUUCAUUGACGACGGGGACAUUUUUCAGCGGUCACAUGAGCGAAUUCAUAUGAGAUUUAGUGUUUAUAAGUUUGGCAGCAAUUCUUAAAUAAUAUUUGCUAGUUGACAACCUAUUUAAUGCCCUCAGUUCAUAUUCCAUAAGCAACUUCAGUUCGGAAAUUCCAAAUUUACGGGUUCCGACUCAUAGUGCACUUAAUUGUCUUGUGUUCUGCUCUCUGCCGGCUUGCCUGUAAGUGACACUGGGUGCAUUUAGAUGUGCAUUAGAGAGCGUUUUGUCUAGGCCCGCGACUGUAAACUAAUUGUAAAUAUUCUUUCCGACGUCUACCAUCCACAGUGACUGAAAAUGACAGCAAACGUGGCUAGUCACAGCUAGUAAAUUUCCGCACUUUCAGACAUAUAACUUUGUAUGUUUAUUUGUGAAACGACUUCACUUUUCACUUAUAACUCGCAGGAUUGUGCUUUAAUUGGAAUAAAUCUCACCAUCCUUUGUUUUUAUUGCUCGGAAAAAUCACUGCAGAAUGCGGGAAGAGAACGCUGUGCAGAUGUCUCGCCCCCUCAUCCGACGUAUCCUUCAUCAGCUGACAGUUUUUCCCCACUCCCUUCUGAAAUCUCCCUCGAGGGAGGACAAUAACGAAGCUGGGGAAUUGAACCAAUUGGAAGUUCACUUCCCGAACGACCUUUCUUCCAACCCCGCUGAGGUCGGUCGCUCUGCCUGCACGAUGCCUUUCUUGCGUGGUGGAACGCAGAGUCUGAACUAUCGUCUCCGUACCCUGUGUGAGCGGUCUCCCGUUGAGGAAAUGACAAAUGCGCCCAUGAGGGGCACAUCUCGGGACAGAUAUGGCGAGCCGAGCGCCGUUGCUAUGUCGCUUCACUCGUCCCAGAAGCGUGUUGUAGACGGAACCUCUGUCCCCACUAGCGAAAACUGGGCUUGGGACCUCCACCGCACGGGACCUGGUGCCGAUUCUGCGGCUGCUGGCAAGUGGGAGAACUUUGGAAUUGCUAACUGGUGGGAGAAUGAGGCGAAGUCGGACUUCUUUGCAACCGCCCUAUACUCCUUUGCCACCGUGACCGACACAAACACCUCCGUCUACGAGACCGAGGACAAUAUGACCACGGAAGAUCUGGAGGAAUCGGAGUCUUUAGCGGGAGGCAGUGGAGUAACUAAUAACUACCGCAAUGCUGCGAGCGUGGAUAGGCCUGUGAUGGAAGGAGGAAAUUUCGAAUUUUUGCAAAUAGAUGGAGUCGAGCCCCUGGGUUCUGCCAUUUCUGAGGCGACAGCAACUGUAGAGAGACCAACUCUUUUGCCAGUGACACUUGGGACAUCAGACGGUGGCAAGGUUACACCUGAUUACAGCAUCCGUGUAUGUUUACAUUUCGUGGUUUUUAUCCUUAAGGUAAUGCAGCAUUUUCUUGCCUAUAUAUGCUGUCAAAUCGAAUCGCCUCCAGUCAUAGGUGAAGAGCAGACAAUCUCGGUAAGCCCGCACGUGUGCUUGCUGGCCCGUAACGGCUUGUUUGUGUGCAGUAUGUCCUUGGGUUCAGUAAAGUCCACGGUGUUCCCCGAAUACGUUUACUUCCACAUGUCGUCUGAAGAACAUUGUCUGCAUUCUGUUUAACCAACUGCAUUGUGUUACUGAGUCUACUGCCAAAUCCGCGGAUAAGAACACUGUUUCAAACUAAGUGUUAGGCUUUCUGAAGAAAUUGUCUUAUUUUUAGCAGCCUCUGCCUUCCCCUCAGGAUAGGCCGGAGGCAAAUUGCCAGAAAAUCGUGCUUUGGACGGAGAAUCAAGCUGGUUAGAUGGUUAAACUUGCCUCAGUAAAUUACGUGACGACGUUGAUCUGACAGUGUGUUAAACUUUUAGCUGCAUGGUCAUUAAAAUGACCUUAAGCACUGCUGUAACGUCCUGUGGUUUCGAGCUCUCACUCAACGGUGUACUGUGUGGAUUCUCAAAAGCAUUGUUAGGAAUAGUAAACUAAUCAGUUGGGCGCAACACUUGUACAACUUUCAAUAUCUCCGUCAUUUUUCAGAGUAAUCGACCGGCAGCAGAUGCACACUUGGCAACUCCUGUUAAUGAUGCUCCACCAGCUGUGCAUCCUUUAGACGCUGAUCAACCUACUUUUGAAAGAUUUUCCACGGUCAUACCCAACGUCUGCACCGAGACCAUCUGCCGUGACUGGCCGGUCCGUCUGCAAAAUUCAUCGCGUGAAUGUCUCGGUAUCUCCACCUGCUCUGCGAGAGCUUCUCAGGCGACCAGUCUUCGCAGCGUAGACUCCGUCGCGCUGAUGGGAAACGGACGUCGACACACACAUUCUGCGUCCAGCGCACAACUGAGCCUCGCUUCAGAACAAACAGUAAGAAUUCCACCAAAUACGAAUGAAAAUGUCUUAAAGGAUUUUCAGGAGAAUCAACAGAGGACAUGA